AUAGAAUAAUGGAAACCAUUGGUAAUAAGAACAACGAAGAAUAUAAAGAAACUAAAACAAUUACUGAAGAUGAGUGCCUAUUAGUCUUACCCGAAAGCAAGGAGAUUCUCGAGAGUCUUGAGACCCAGUACCAUGCUAUUGAAUUCAGAGUUGACCUAUUCCUCGAUAAAUUAUGUCGAAAAUGGACUCAAAAGGACUAUAUCCCUAAUACAUUGGUAAGAUCAUACAUUGGACAAGACAUCCCAUCCUCACAGGUUGAAUCUGAAGAGAUCCUUUCAGAGAAUUUGGAGUUUUAUAAAGACUGAAUCUCCAGAGCUAUUGGAGUCAUGAAAACCCUUGUUGAUACUCCCAUAAUUUAUACAGUCAGGACUGUCCAGGAUGGAGGAAAAAUAGACACUCAUCAGGGGUUCCAGCUCUAUAAUGAGCUUACUAAGUAUGGUGCUGAGCAAAUGGCCUGAGAUUUCAUUGAUAUUGAGUUCCAAUUUCGGGAAAAUAUGCAAGGGAUAACCAAUAUUUUGAAGAGCUGUACUGAUUCCUUAGUAAUAAUGAGCAAGCACUAUACUUCACAUAAUGAAAAGAGAAAAUUUGAAGAGCAUCAUGUCACAGGACAGGUCUCUCAAGUUGUGAAAUAUCCUAAAGAAUCCAUCACAGAAUACAACCAACUUGCUUUCUCUCUAAAAGUGUAUGAAAAGUCAUUUGAUAUUAUUAAAAUUGUGUCAAGCUUUUCAAAUUUAGAUGACUUUAACACUGUGAGCUGAAUAUUUAAGGACUUAAAGUUCUCCCAGCCGAAGAUCCAGAUCAAUCUAGGUGAAAAGAUGAAAGUCACUAGAGUACUGAAUAAAUAUCUACUCCCAGUCUCUUGCUUAGAGAUAUCAAAAUCUUCAACAGCACCAGGGCAGAUGAGUCUUAAAGAGGUGAUUGAAGCCCGUGAUAGUCUAUGCCUGAAUGAUUCUGAACGGUAUUAUUACCUGUUCGGAUCUCCUGUUACAUACUCGCCUUCUCCAACAUUCCAUAACACUGUGUUCUCAUGUCUUGGGAUCAAGGCUGAGUACAAAAUUUUUAACACAGACUGAACAGACUCAAGCGUCUACAUGAUUGAGAAGGAAUGCACUAUGGGAUGCUCCAUUACUAUACCUCUUAAACGGACUCUUUUCGAAAGGUACAAGGAAUACGCGAGUGAAGAUGCCCUCUACAUCCAGUCAAUAAACACAAUAGUCAAACAUGAUGGCCAUUUUAAGGUCUAUAACACCGAUUGGAUGGCUAUUUACUCUUUGAUAAACCAAAAAUUGCCAAAUGUCACUGAAAGAACGAAUAAAGCCCUGAUCAUUGGCAUGGGCGGUACCUCUCUUGCAGCUGCUUACGCAGUGCUCAAGCUUGGCAUGACUCCAAUCUUAUACAGCAGAAAGUCUAAUAUUGAUAAAUAACAUCCAGUUUAUGAAAGAAUUAUGGAAAAAGAAUGAUACUCCUCAAUACUGACACGAGCUAGAACUCUUUCAGAAAGCAAACGAUUUUUCAAAAUUCAAAUCUCUCAUAGAAUUUGGGGACAAAGAAGGCCUAGACCUUCUUGCUGAAGGCAUGAUUGAAACCUCUGAAAGCGGUGUCGAUGCUAUCAUCAGUUGCAUUCCAGGAGUUUCUGGUUUCACAAUUCCUGCAGAAGUUGAAGACAUCCUUCUUAGAAAAGAUAGAAAUGUCAUUGUCUAUGACAGUUCUUAUAUUCCUAAAGAAACUGAGCUACUAAAGCAAGCUAAAGCGAAGAACUGACAGAUAGUCACAGGCCUUGAGAUGUUAAUCAGCCAGGCUUGGUUACAAGCAAAGUUGUUUACCGGUAAGGAGAAAUUCGAUGAAAAGGUUAUCCAAGCUGUAGAGGAAGAGGUUUAUAAAUAUUAUGACUCUCUUUCAGUGUAAUAUUCAAUAAAUCUUGAGUAUGA